GGAAGUGGCGGAGGGGAAGCGGCGCCGCUGAGGGGCCCGAGCGGGACCGGGAUCGGGACCGGGAUCGGGAUCGGGAACCGGCAGCGGGAACCGGCAGCGGGAACCGGAUCGGGAACCGGCAGGGGAGCGCCCCCGCGCGCAGCUCCAGUUCCAGCCAUGGGGGACAUGAAGACGCCGGAUUUCGACGACCUGCUGGCCGCCUUCGACAUCCCCGACAUCGACGCCAACGAGGCCAUCCAGUCGCACCAGGAGGAGCCCGAGGCGCACGGGAAGCAGCUGCCGGGGGAGCCGGGCCCCGGCGCGGCCCCCGAGCCCGUCCUGCCGCACCCCGACAUCUCGGCCGUCAGCGUCAUCGUCAAGAACACCGUGUGCCCCGAGCAGGCCGAGGGCAAGGACGGGCCCGGGCUGGCGCCGCGGCUGCUGCAGAACGGAUUCAGCGCCCCCCCGGGGCCGGGGCCUGCCCCCGCCGAGCCCGCGCCCAAGGGCGACUGCUGGGCCAGGAGAAGGGCCAAGGGCCUCGAGCUCUUCUCGCACUUCAGCCCCGAGCCCGGCCACGGCGGCGCCAACUCAUCGACGGCGCCGCAGGGCAAGGCCAAGGAGAAGGCGCCCGGCGGGCCCCCCGCGGGCUGCAAGGAGCCCCUGGGCGCCGGGCUGGAGCCGCCGUUCCCGGCGCCGUUCCGGGCAGCGCCGGCCGGAGAUGGAGCCCACCCCGUGCCCUGCAUCAAGAAGGAGGAGUCGGACUCGGAGGAGGCUCCGGGCAGGGGCUGCAGCCCCAAGGGGCUGGGGCUGGAUCACCUCAAGUCCGUCAGUGUCCGGUACCCCGCCGGGGACUCCCCCGCGGCGCCGUGGCCGGGAGCGGAGCCGGCGGCGCUGGACGGCGGCACCGGCACCGGGGCUGAGCUCAAGCACUCGCCCAGGAGCCCCCGCGAGCCUUUCUCCUCCCCGGGCAUUCCCAUGCCGCCUUCCCCCAAGCAGCUCUCCUUGAAGGAGGAGCAGGAGAUGCUGGGGAAGUCCGUGGGGAGCCCCCCGAGCGCGUCCAGCGGCGAGGAGGAGGAGGAGGAGGAGGAGGAGGAAAGCACCAACUCGCCGUCCUCCAGCUCCUCGCGGCCGCUCAAGGUGCGCAUCAAAACCAUCAAAACCUCCUGUGGCAGCAUCACCAGGACGGUCACCAGGGUGUCCUCGGACUCGGAGCCGCCCUCCAGCAAACUCCCCGGCGAGCAGAGCUCCCAGGAGCCCUUGGAGUGUCCCGCUGGCAUCGCCACGGAGGCGGCCAAGGAGAAACCGGAGCUCUCCAGCCCCCUGAAAAGCACAGAGGGGCCCAAAAUCGUCAGCGUGCAGCUGGGCAACGGCACCAAGCUGAAGGGGACGGUGCUGCCCGUGGCCACCAUCCAGAGCGCCAGCAGCGCCAUGCUCAUCGCCGCCAGCGUGGCCCAGCAGAAAUCCGUGGUGCUGCCCGCCAAGUCCGGCAAAUCCGUGGCCAAGAACAUCCUGAGCCUGGUGCCGCAGCCCCUGCCCAAGGGCGACGCCCGGGCCAACGGCGGUGCCAAGGCCAACGGCGGCGCCAAGGCCAACGUGGCCGGCACCGUCAUCUCCCGCAGCCAGUCCAGCCUGGUGGAGGCCUUCAACAAGAUCCUCAACAGCAAGAACCUGCUGCCCACCUACAAACCCAACCUGAGCCCGCCGGCCGAGGCCAGCCUGGCGCUGCCGCCCGCGGGCUUCCGCUGCCUGGAGUGCGGCGACGCCUUAGCGCUGGAGAAGAGCCUGGCGCGGCACUACGACCGGCGCAGCAUGCGCAUCGAGGUCACCUGCAACCACUGCACCAAGCGCCUGGUGUUCUUCAACAAGUGCAGCCUGCUGCUGCACGCCCGCGAGCACAAGGACAAGGGGCUGGUGAUGCAGUGCUCGCACCUGGUGAUGCGCCCCAUCGCCCUGGAGCAGAUGAUCGGGCAGCCCGACGUCACCCCGCUGGCCUCGCUGGCCCUGCCCGCCUCCAAGGUGGCCCAGGAGGGCGCGGGGCAGGAGCUGCUGCCCGUGCUGCCCCUGGGCUCCGAGCCCAGCAGCUACAGCUGCUUCCGGUGCCUGGAGUGCAAGGAGCAGUGCAAGGACAAGGCCGGGCUGGCCGCGCACUUCCAGCAGGCCGGGGCGGCCGCCAGCAGCAGCAGCACGGUGUGCUCGGCGUGCCCCAUGAUCCUGGCCAACCGCUGCAGCUUCAGCGCGCACCAGCGCAUGCACCGCAGCCGCCCGCCCCACGUGUGCCCCGAGUGCGGCGGCAACUUCCUGCUGGCCAACUUCGAGUCGCACCUCAAGGACUCCUGCCUGCACUUCUCCCGCAGGGUGGGAUACAGGUACCGGCCGGGAGCCCCGGGAAUUCCGCAGGGGGCGUUGGGAACGGUCCAGAAAUGGAGUUUGCCCGUGGAGUGUGGGGGGAAUUUCCUGCGGGACAGCUUGGAGUCGCACCCAAGGGCUCCUCCCACUGGGUGGAUGCAGGCACGGAGCCAGGGAAUCCGGGGGUUUGGGGUCCUGCUUCCAGGUGUCCCAGCUGCUCGUGGUGGCUUCAGCAACCAGCAAUCCAAGAUGAUUUACAAGUGUGCCAUGUGUGACACGGUGUUCACGCACAAGCCGCUGCUGUCGUCGCACUUUGAUCAGCACCUGCUGCCCCAGCGCGUCAGCGUCUUCCGCUGCCCGCAGUGCCCGCUGCUCUUCGCCCAGAAACGCACCAUGCUCGAGCACCUCAAGAACACGCACCAGCCCCAGAAGUGCAAGGACGAGCCCUCCCGGCGCUCGGGGGCGCUGCUGACGCCCAAGCCGGAGCCGCCGGAGCCGCCGCGGCGCUCGGGCUCCUCCUCGAGCUCCUCGGAGGAGGAGGAGGAGGAGGAGGAGGCGCCGAGCUCGCCCGAGCUGCGGCGGGCGCGGCGCGGGCGCUUCCCCCGCGGCAGGGCCGGCGCCAAGGCCAAGGGCAGCGGCUGGAGCUGCGGGCUCUGCCACUCGUGGUUCCCCGAGCGCGACGAGUACGUGGCGCACAUGAAGAGGGAGCACGGCAAGUCGGUGAAGAAGUUCCCGUGCCACCUGUGCGAGCGCUCCUUCUGCUCGGCCCCGAGCCUGCGGCGCCACGUCCGCGUCAACCACGAGGGCAUCAAACGCGUCUACCCCUGCCGGUACUGCACGGAGGGGAAGCGAACGUUCAGCAGCCGCCUGAUCCUGGAGAAGCACAUCCAGGUGCGCCACGGCAUCAAAGGCCCCGACCCCGCGCGCAGCCAGGAGGUGGUGACGGCCCCCGGCCCCGCCCAGGCCCCGGGGCGCCGGCGGAAGCUCUCCUCGGAGGAGUCGUGCAGCGAGGAGCCCGACAGCACCACCCCGCCCGCCAAGAGCCCGCGGGCGCCGUUCCGCUGCCGCAAGUGCGGCUUCGCGGCCGGGAGCCGCGCCGAGUUCCAGGCGCACCUGCCGCAGCACCGCGCCGAGCAGGGCGCGCCGCAGUGCCGCGAGUGCGGCCUCUGCUUCACCUCGGCCAGCGCCCUGCGGCCGCCACCGCUUCAUCUCGCACAAAAGCGCCGCGGGGCCGAGCCCGAGGAGGCCGCGGGAGGCGCCGCCCCGGGCGGCGGGAGCGCUCCCGGCGGCAGCGCCGGCGGGGCCGAGGGCAAGCUGGAGUGCAAAGUGUGCGGGAGGGGCUUCGAGAGCCAGCUCAACCUCAAAACGCACUUCAGGACCCACGGGAUGGCCUUCAUCCGGGCCCGGCAGGGGAACGAGGAGAACUGAGAGCUCCGGGAAUUCCUGGGAUUCUGGGAUUGGCUUCAUCCGCGCCCGGCAGGGGGCUGAAGAAAACUGAGCUUUCCUGGCAAUCCUGGAAUUCCUGGGAUUCAUCCGGGCCCGGCGGGGGAGCGAGGAGAACUG